AUGGACGAGGAGUCGACUUUAGUCGACUUCUGCGUAAAUAAUUACUCGUUUUUGUAUGGGGGACUUGGCCCUACUGUUACAAAGCAAGGGCGCCAUACAAAAUGGGAAGAAUUGCGUGAAGAGAUCAGUGCAGUAGGGCCGGGGAGGACUAUUGAUCAGUUAAAAAAGAAGUGGACGGAUUUAAAGUCUGCAGCAAAGAAGAACGAGAUAAAGCGGAGGCAUUUUGCUGCCGGGACAGGUGGGGGUCCUGCGCCCCAAGAGCCAACUGAUGUAGAGAUGAAGAUCCUGAGUGUAAUCCCCGAGGAAAUGGUAACAGGGGUUGCUGGUGGAGUGGAUGUUUUCGAAGACUCAUGCAAGCCUCCUGCUGUCAAAAAGUAUAGGCCAUCUGAGCCUUCAGGGUCAACUUUCACCGCCAACAGUUCAACGCAUCAUGACAUAAGUAUCACUGAGGUAGAGGCCAAUGGCAAAGAAGACAGUAACACAGAAUCAAGACCUACACCACCAAAAAGAAAUGACAUUGCUCAUCAGAUGCUUGAAGAGCAAAAGAAACAAAACGAGUUCCUGGCAAUGAUUAAUUUCAACCUUGCAGAACUUGUGAGCUUGAAGAGGACAGAAGUCCAAAUUCUGUCAGAAAAACAUCUGAACAAGACAUUUUUUUAA